AUGUAUGGCAUCUCGUGCCUUAAGAAUAAGUUCAAAUGUGUUAAUCGUUUGAAUGGCGCCAAUGAAUCACUGGUCAACGGAUCUUGGGGCCCGUCACUGCUGGUGUACACCGCAUGUUCGGCCAGUCUAUCGGCCACUACUCUGGCUAUGAAUGACAUGAGACUCGGAAACAUCGAUCCGGCCAUUGUUUGCGGCACUCAUAUGCUGUUCGAGCCAUUCGUACUGCAGUUCCAACAGGAGUCGGGUCUGUGUUCGCCCAGAGGUGUGGCCGCAAUCCUCGACCAGAACGCCGACGGCUUUAUCAAAGGAGAGGCCAUGUGCUGUGCUUUCCUACAGCACCGGCGCGACGCCCGACGUGUGUACGCGACCAUGCUCAAAGCCAAGAUGAACAUCGAUGGCAAUAAAACGACCGGAAUGUUUUUCCCAUUGGCCGACGCACAGCAAGAGCUCAUGAUUGACACCUAUAGUGAGGUCAAUGUUAAUCCGCUUGACCUCACCUAUUUCGAAGCUCACUGUACCGGCACCAAGGCGGGUGAUCCACGAGAAAUAAAGGCCAUAUAUAAUGCCAACGUUAAGGCUCCGGGACGUACGCAACCCCUGCCGUUGGGUGCGUUGAAGAGCAACAUGGGCCACGCGGAGGCCGGUUCAGGGGUGGCCGCACUCAUUAAAGUGUGUAUUGCAUACGAGAAUGAAUGCAUUCCUCCCAACCUUAAUAUGAAACAACUGAAGGAUGAAUGCCUUCCUUAUUGUCCGCCUAUAAAGCCUAUUGUAGGGUCGAUGCCUUAUAAACCAGGGUUGGCCGCAGUGAGCAAUUUUGGUAUCGGCGGUGCGAACGCACACGUAUUGCUCGAACCCAACCAUAAGUUGGGAACCAGUGAUGGACUGAGAAUUGCGGAAACGAUUCUCAGAAUUGUAAACAUUUGCGGCCGAACUGAAGAUGCGGUCGAAUAUGUGAUGGAUUUCAUACAAAUCAACCCAAAGAGAGUGACGAAUGACUUUUUGGCACUUUUGGCGCAGACUAUGAAAUACACGCCUAAUGUUAACUCAUCGGGAAUGCCAUUCAAGGGAUCACUUAUAAUUAAAAGAUUUACGGAAAAUAACAAAAGUAUACCCAAAGGACUGAUGGUUGUCGUGAGGUUACCCAAGUCUGAGGCCCAGAAGUUGUGUCCAAACGGUGUUUACAAUGCCUGUAAUAACGCUAAGAAUAGUCUCGUUAUUUCCGGUCUAGAAAAGGAGAUGAAAGAGACAAUCAAAGUGUUGGCCGAGAAAAAUAUAUUUCCGCGCUCCAAGAAAUGGUUGUCCACUUCACUCAUGAUCGCCGACCCGACAGAAGAAGCCCUGCGGUACGCGUCGGGCGGGUAUUUUGCCCACAAUUUGCUCAACCCUGUUCAGUUUUACGACCGCAUUAAACAACUGCCGGCCGACGCCAUUGUCUUAGAGAUCGGUCCGCACUCACUGGCAAAAUAUUUACCGAAACGCUCAAUGAGUGCUCUUAUGUAUCGCUCAUUAAAAAGGAUUCAAACGACACGAAUGUUUUUGGCCACACUGUAUGAGUUGGGCGUUAAUAUGUUUGUCGAUAAGCUAUACCCGUGUAUCGAGUGGCCGGUCGUGAGGGAUACGCAAGCGAUAUACUCAGUGAUCAAAUGGGAUCUCAGCUAA